UUAUUUGUCUGUGUCCAAGUGAUGGCAGGCUGCUCCUCGAGCGUCAAACUACUGUGUGACAGCGGGGCCUCUGUAAACGCAAGUGAUUUUGAUGGGCGGACUCCUCUGGUGCUGGCUACCCAGAUGUGCCAUCCACACAUCUGCCAGCUGCUGUUGGAGCGAGGGGCCGACAUCGCCAUCCGUGACAAACAGAACAAGACCGCUCUGACCCUGGGCUGUGAGUAUGGCUGUAAGGACGCAGUGGAGGUCCUUCUGAAGAGCGGCGCCGACGUGACGGCCGUGGACAGCUUUGGCCACGACUGUUUCCACUACGCCCGCCUCAGCAAGAACCAGGAGCUUGUCAGCCUUUUCAAGACCUACCUCGACAACGUCACCAAAGCAAAAGAAGCUGCCAAGAUGGAGCAGAAAAAGCGACAGGUAACAUCGCAUCGCUCACUUUAAUUGCCAACCUUCAUACUGAUUUCUGUGCACGGAGAUGCACUAUCAGAUUUAAAACAACACACUUCACCACAGACAAUGUCUCCUAGAUCCGAGGGCAAUGCCUCUCCUGCUAUGUUGCCUCUGAGCUGUUGAUUAGACUGUAGUUGUUAUUGUUGAGCUGUAUAGUAAUCACUUGACAUUUCUACUGUUAUUUCCUCUGGGUGAAUCCAUUGUUGUAAAGGUGAGCCGGCUCAUAGGCUUAUACCAAAGGUUUGACGUGAGCUCCAUCAAGCAAAUAGGAUGGGUUUUUAGUAUCGAUUCUGUUAACGCUUCCUCGUCAAGGCACUUCCUGGGUCAUGUGUUCUGUAUACAUGGAGCGAUAGACGGUAUCUGUGAGUUCUGAACAAGCCGAUCGCAACAAUACCACUUAAGUUCAGUUUCUGCUCUAUUGAAUCUGACCACAUUCACUACUCAUUGAUUUAAUAUUGAAUCUGACCACAUUCACUACUCAUUGAUUUAAUAUUGAAUCUGACCACAUUCACCACUCAUUGAUUUAAUAUUGAAUCUGACCACAUUCACCACUCAUUGAUUUAAUAUUGAAUCUGACCACAUUCACUACUCAUUGAUUUAAUAUUGAAUCUGACCACAUUCACCACUCAUUGAUUUAAUAUUGAAUCUGACCACAUUCACCACUCAUUGAUUUAAUAUUGAAUCUGACCACAUUCACCACUCAUUGAUUUAAUAUUGAA